AACUGGCGUACGCGCCUUGAUAUUAUGUUAUAUAUUUUGGUGGAUUUUACGUCACGUGUCUACCAAAAGAGUCCUGGAACGAGACCCGGUCAGUUACGCCUGGCGAAAUAUUUGCCUCGUGUGAUCGAGGUGAAGGACCUUUCUUUGCAUGCUAUCGUGGCGGGUGACCCACUUUCUUGCGAGGACAUCACGAACAAUCGCUCUCAUAGGAAGAAAUAGGCCUCCUUUGGGUUUUAAGCGUUUCAUCAUAAGAACGCCGUUGAUAAUGUCAGCAGAAAAUGGAAUCGGAGGGCCGCCUGCGGACGAAAAAGCAACUUUGGGACCCGAUGGCCAGCCCCUGUCUAAAAAGGCUUUAAAGAAGAUGGAAAAAGAAAAGGAAAAAGAGAAGAAGAAGGCCGAAAGAGAGGCAAAACAGGCUGCAGAGGCUGAUGCCAAAGAUGCUGAGGAUUAUGCAAAAGAUCGCUAUGCUAUCCUUCCUAUGGCUCAAUCUCAGGAGAAAACAUCCAGAGUGUGGACCAAAGUGAAAGAACUGACUGCCGAGUCUGUUGGUAAAAGAGUCUUAGUUAGGGCACGACUUCACACCACAAGAGGAACAGGGAAGCAAUGCUUUAUGAUUUUACGUGAUCGUCAGUACACUGUUCAAGGAAUUUGUGCUGUUAAUGACGUUAUCAGUAAAGGAAUGGUUAAGUUUGCAACAGGGAUAAAUAAAGAGUCCAUCGUUGAUGUCGAGGGUGAAAUAAAAUCUGCUGCUCAGAAGAUCCAGAGCUGUUCACAAGAGGAUGUGGAGAUCUCUGUUGAUAAGAUAUUUGUUGUUAGUCUGGCUGAGCCAAGGCUGCCUCUCCAGAUCGAUGAUGCCUCUCGCCCUGAAACAGAUGAGGAGCAAGCCCAUGUAAACCAGGACACUCGCUUGGAUAACAGAAUAAUCGACCUUAGGACUGUUCCCAACCAAGCUGUUUUCAGCAUUCAAGCUGGUGUCUGCCAUUUAUUCCGAGAGUUUCUCGCAUCUCAGGGAUUCCAUGAAGUUCACACUCCUAAGAUCAUCUCAGCUGCCAGUGAAGGAGGUGCCAAUGUUUUUGAAGUUACUUACUUUAAAGGAAAGGCAUAUCUUGCUCAGUCCCCUCAGCUGUACAAGCAGAUGGUACUUUGUGCUGACUUUGACAGAGUCUUCACCAUUGGUUCAGUUUUCCGUGCUGAGGACAGCAACACACACCGCCACUUGACAGAGUUCAUUGGCCUUGAUAUCGAGAUGACUUUCAAUGAACACUACCAUGAGGUGAUUGACAUGAUUGGUCGUACAUUUGUUCAUAUUUUUAAAGGAUUGCGUGACAGAUAUGCUGAAGACAUUGCAAAAGUGCAGAAGCAAUACCCAAGUGAGCCUUUCAAGUUCUUGGAACCAAGCUUGGUUCUGCAAUACCGUGAAGGAGUUGACAUGUUGAGGGAAGCUGGAAUUGACAUGAACUACGAUGAAGAUCUUAGUACUCCAAAUGAGAAGCUGUUGGGCAAACUUGUCAAACAGAAAUAUGACACUGACUUCUUCAUUUUGGACAAGUAUCCACUGUGUGUCAGACCGUUCUAUACCAUGCCAGACCCGCACAAUCCAGAGUGGAGCAACUCUUAUGACAUGUUCAUGCGAGGAGAGGAAGUGCUCAGCGGAGCUCAGCGAGUGCAUGACCCUGCCCUGCUGACUGAGAGGGCCAAGCACCAUGAAAUAGAUCUAGAGAAGAUCAAGGCGUAUAUUGACUCAUUUCGUUUUGGUGCACCUCCACACGGUGGCGGAGGAAUAGGCCUUGAGCGAGUGGUCAUGUUGUACCUGGAUCUUCACAAUGUCAGGAAGAGCUCCAUGUUCCCACGUGACCCCAAACGUCUCACCCCAUGAAUGACAGCACUCCAAAUAUGGAGACAGCCAAUCAAAUUUCGGCAAAGAAGAUUCACUGCGAAUCAGUCCAAUUUUCAUAAAUUGUAAUACUUCAUAAAAUGCUGUAGUAUCUGUUUUAAAAGACGCGCUAAUAUUUGUUAUCUCCAACUGUGUCAACAGUUUAACAAAAUAAAUCAGAAUGCACUUAAACUA